GACAGAUGUAGAGGGAGCAAAGGGAGGAUAACGGAAAAGGAGGGAGUAGGAAGAGAAGGACUGAAAAAAGAAAGACAGAGUGAAACGUGUGAGUGAAGGACGGAGAUAACGGGAAAGGAAGCAGGAACACAGAAACAGAAGAACCAGAGAGAAAGAGAGAAAGAGUGAGAAAGAUACUGAAAAAGGGGGAGGUAAGAGAAAAUAUUUUCAGGCAGAAAAGUCGGCAAGCCUGAGCAAAACAAUAUGGCCCGCUUCCUAAGCUCCACCUCAGGGCUGGAGAGGGUCACCAGGAGACGUCUGUUCCUUGCUUGCUUGGCCUUGGCUGGAUUCAUCUACUUCCUGCGAGGCAGAAAGGCGGGCGUCACGUCGGCCCGCGUGCAGUCAGGGGCGGGGGGCAGCCCCAGGGAGGCGGGACGGGCGGAGGAGUCGGCCUACUUCCUGAACGAGACGUCGUGGCGGGCGCCGGUGGUGUGGGGGGACAGCCAGGCCUCGGAGCGCCGCAGGGACGCCCACGCCUACCAGACCUUCCGCGUGGGCCUGGCGGUCUUCGUGGUGGGCCGCUACUCCCAGCACCUGCUCCGCUUCCUGGUGUCGGCCGAGCGGCACUUCCUGCUGGGCGAGUACGUCUACUACUACAUCCUGACGGACAACCUGCGCGCCGUGCCGGACCUGGAGAUGCCCGAGGGGCGCGAGCUGAGGCCCGUCCACGUGGGCGAGAUGCCCGAGUGGAGGCGGCUGUCCCGCGUGCGGAUGUCCCUCCUGGCCGACGCCAUCAAGACCCGGAUCCAGAAGGAGGUGGAGUACAUCUUCUGCAUGGACGUGGACCAGGAGUUCGUCAACCCGGUGGGCACCGAGAUCCUGGGGGACCUGGUGGCCACCCUGCACCCCGAAUUCUGCGGGAUGCCCCUGUACACCUUCCCCUACGAGAAGGUGGAGGUGUCCCAGGCCUUCGUGGAGGAGGGGGAGGGCGACUUCUACUACACCUCGGAGCUGUACGGCGGGCUGUGUGCGGAGGUCUACGCCAUGGCGCUGACCUGCACCCACCUCAUCCUCCAGGACUCCGAGGCAGGGUUCCACGCGCUUCAGUACGAGGAGGGCUACCUGAACCGCUACCUGAUCAACCGCCGGCCCACCUGCGUGCUGUCCCCGGAGUACAGCUGGUGGGACUCCCCCCGCACCCUGGAGGUGCCCGUCCAGCGCAUAGUCUCCGUGGGCCGCCAGUGUGCCGCACUCGAGCCCCAGAGGAGAGAGGCUCGGAGGUGCUGAGAUGGGAGGAGGAGAGAGAAGACGAAAGGAUGGGAGAUGAGGAGAGAGGAGAGGAGAGGAAGAGAGAAGAGGAAAGGAUAGGAGAUGAGGAGAGAGAGAAGAGGAGAGGAGAGAGGACAGUCGAGGUGGAGAAGAGGAGACGGGCCUCCAUUCUAACAUUUUUCCAAGGAGCACAUGUGCUCCUAAUCUGAAAACUUUAGGAGCACACCAAUGCAUCCCAAUUAGCAGCUGUGCUCGUAAACUGUGUUCCAGUCAGCUCACAUACAUCUUUAGGAGCAAAUGCUCUUUGCCAUCAGUCUAAUUCAGCCAUUUUGUCCACACAAAAACAUCAGCGUCAUCUUUUCUCCAGAUACUUGGAAACGUGUGUGCACGUGUGUGUUGUGUGUAUUCAGUGUUUCUGUUUCCCUGAAACGAAUCAAAUAUACCAACAUGCACUCUCGUUAAACAGCAGAAAGGUGUGUAAUUAAUGACAAACGGCAGAUUUCAGCUGCAGGGAACAGCCUGUGCGAUGAUAAGAGCUGGCAUUGAGCCCCUGUUUUAAUCUGAGAUGGCUAAAUCAUUAACCUGAGCCCACAUCUCAAGGCCUGUAAAUACCUGGAAAUGGCAGAAAGAAAGGGCCCAGCUGCUCUGGUGUACACUGUAGACUAAACCCAUAUGCAAAAGUCUAAUGAAAUAUCGAGAAAAUAUAUGUAUUCUUACAUGAUUGUGGCCCCUUUUAUAGAUACCCAUGUGCAAAACAUACAAGAAACACAUAUGGAGUAUACAGAAAAUAUAAAAUACAGAUGUGUAUAUAACUGUUCUAUAAAGGUCUCACAUGAAUUUAAAAUAUAAGGUACUUCACAAUUGAAUUUUAUAUUGAGAUCAGAGGAAACGUACAUGUUAUACAGUAUGAUAUUCCCAUUCCUUUCUAAUAAGGCACUAUAUACAAAAGGGGCCAUAAUCCCAUAAUAAUACAUAUAUUUUCUUUAUGUUUCAUUUAGUAAAACAUACUAAUCAACAUAUACGAUUAGGUGCACUUUGAUCUUUCCGCAGCGAGGUGUCUCACUCAUGACCAUUCUACAGCACUCUUCCUGUGACCUCUGAAUUACCUCUGAAAUAGAACUAUCCCUUUAAAACCUCUGAAAAAGAACUAUCCCUUUAGAACCCCAGAAAAAGAACUAUCCCUUUAGAACACAGAAAAAGACCUAUCCCUUUAGAACUCAAGGGGGGGGGCACCUGGUGCUGUCCCCUGUGGAAGAUGGAUCAUAUAAGAACUGAAAUUAUUGCAAGCACUCUACGGAUACCAAAGAUGCAACUUUGAACAUGGUGAUGACCUGUUUCUUAGCAACAAAAUGCAGUGACGCAACACAGUGAGUGUGUGUGCCAGGUUAUAUUAUUGUUGAAAUGCAUUUCAGCCCCCAAACAUGACAGCACUUAAUCAUUAACUCAUAUGACUGCACAAUCUGUUCACAGAUUUCAAGGCUGUGUGUGUGUGUGUGUGUGUGUGUGUGUGUGUGCACAUACAAUUAAUUUAUGAAUGUGCAUAUAUUACAUUACAUUAGCAGAUGUUCAUGUACAGAGUUAUUUACAAUGUAUGAGAAAUAUAAAUGCACAAUAUAAAUGGUUGAUUUAUAUGAGUAACAGUGCCAGACCAAACAGCUAACUGUGUUCCCAAAGGACACAGUCAAGCCAUUGACAACCUGAAUUUAAAGCCAUGGUUUAAUUAAUUUGAAUAACAAUCCACUGUAUUCUAGAUUAGAAUGUACUGCAACUCUACCAUCCCUAAUUUGGGCACAGAGAAGGCUACUCCAGUUCUUAUAUUAUUUAUUGAGCAUAAGUUCUCUAUUGCCCCAUGAAUGAGGUCUGAUUUAACUUGCGAAAAAGUAAAUUGCAGAUUAUUUGAUCAUUUUGGCAAGAAUGGAUGUUCUGUGAAAUGAGUGGGGAACAAAAGUGUUCUCUCGGUGUCCCAUGUAAUUUUGCUUGGUCAGUUUAUGUUCCAAAUCAUGGAUUCAGGAUUCUUAAGAACUAGAUGUGUAUUUUUAUUCUUGUGUUUGUUUAGCAGUUGUUUAUAUACCGGCUGAUGUGCAUUGCUUAUCAGACAUGUCAAUUUACGGUGGGAAAAUUUCAGGAUAAGUACAUCCAAGGAUAUAAAUGCAAUACAUUUCUCCACUGGAAUUCAAAGAUGCAACAUUUUGGUCAUCAGUCCUACCACUUAAGUGCUAUCCCACAGUGCCAUCCUGGUAUCCCUAAACAUAAACAAAGCCACACCCAUAAAGAAAAGUUGGAACAGUGUGCUUAUUAUUCAUUGCGUUCCCCCACAGCAGGGUUUCUGAGAGAAGAGUACAGGCCUGUGGCCUUUAAUCCCACUCACAAACUCUGCAGGUCACGAGUCAAUGAUCACUUGUGUCAACAAUGGGUGAUGAGGAGAUACAAUUACACUAAUGUGGGCAAACGCUUUUAGAAAUCUACGAUUCAGUCACUGACGAUUUCAGGUGAUGAGAAAAUCCAUUGCUAUUGAAUGUGGAGAAGGAAACUUGAUUUUGUUCUGGGUGCAGAUUUCACAUUGUGAUAGCUUCAUAAAAGGUCACUCUCUUUUGGUGCAUCCCCUCUGGUUUUUGCAUCUUUUGAUUGGCUGCAACAAUGUCCUUUCAAAUCUCUGAAAAGCUAAGCAUAAAUUUUUAACUAGCUAAGGCAUGUUUACUAAUCCUUAGAAUCCAUAUGCCUCUUAAAGUUUUUUUUACAACCACUUUCGAGCAAAUAUCAAAAGUUUGUGCUCAAAGUUGCACAAACGGCCUGACGAUUGUUCAAAACCUUGCAUUGUGCAUUCAUAUCGAAGAAUAAAGCUUGCACUUCAGAAUCAUUGCUUAAAAUAACUGUUUUAUCAUGAAAAACUACAGGAAUAUUUGUUUAGAUCACCAAAACAAAGAUACUGAUAGUUUCAUUUCAUAGUUUCAUUCUUUUUGUGGUUCUAAAUAAAGGGAAUAGUAGAUGGUAGAAGAGAGUGGAAUCAUGGGAAAAUCUGAAUUUAUGUUCUCCCUCACGUAAGUAAGUAGGUGUCAUUAUUGGAAAAGGCCUGCCAAAAUACUGUCAAAUGUUACAUCCAUAGAUAAUGUAGUAGUAAUGGUUAAUCUUCAAAAUGAAAUUGGUGUCAAUAGAUUGUGUUAUCCUAAAACAUGCAUGAUGUAAACAUGGAAAGUUUCCAUAAACUAUGCAUGAGGAGUAAUGCUACAGUUACUUAUCAUUUUGAGCAGUUGGAUAAGCAGUUGACAGUUAGAUGCACUGUAAUGAAAUGAAAAGACAGAUGUGUGUAUUGCAUUUUACCUCCAUGUUCAGUUGUGUCAUUGUGAGCAAGUGAUUUGGUUCAGCGAACAAAUUAUUUUAGGUUUACAUGUAUUGUAUUCAGGCAACUGAAAAAAAGUGUUUAAAGUUUGGAAGAAGGUACAUUUUGUUUUGUGUCUACAGUUUUGAAAAAACCUCUAGGUUCUGAAAUGA